AUGGGCACUGCAGGCAAAGUCACCGGAGAUCCAAAUGCGCGGAUGCGCUGGACCUCGCAAUCAUAUAUCAAUCACGUGUGGAACAAGUAUUGGGUUGCCUUACAGGGAUGGAAUCCACAUGUCCCGUUCAAGAAUCCCAGCAAUCUUCCUGGUGGUACCCGAGUCUUCGACAACUUGAUCUUCCGGUGCGAGCGUGGGAUCAUACGAUUUGUCAAGAUACCCGAGCACGAGCGCUGCAACAUCGACAUGACAAAGGUUGUGCCUGGCGGAAUUGUUGCCCGCAAACCAUGGCCCGGUCGCCCGGAUAUCAAGCAUGCCCGGCAUCGUCCGGUAUCAAAUCCGCACAAUCUUCCCUUACGCAGACAGCGACCAGGCCCGAUCACACCGGAGUAUGUGUGGGAAAAUGCUGAUGCCGAGAUAAGAGAUGAUGGCACACUCGAGGACGACGAGAUAGUAGAGACAUGGGACGAAGAAUGUGCACAGGUAAACAUUGACGACGAGGACCCAAUUGAGGACUGGCCGUAG